AUGACGAAACAGAAAAGAAGAAGCAAGGAUAUAAAGAACAAGAACAAAUUGAACCCAUUGUGCGAUAAGCACACACCGCUCGGAUUAAAAACAUCGCCAAAACGAUUGGGUCGCAGUAAUGUAACUGGAGCGUGUUUACCGCCGGCACCUAUCGUCCUCCAACGCCUCAUCGAUCUCCCCACUCGGCGAAAGCCGAUGAGACCAAAGUUUACGGAGCCAGGCAUGACAAUCACUUAUACUUUGGAAGUCAGCCGAGCUCGUUUUUGGGGUUUUGCGAAGUUGCUGACACGAUGGAAAGGAUCAAUAUAUCGAUUGAUGUACAGGGAAAUGACUUGUUUUCUACUCGCCUAUUAUGCUGUUAUGCUAAUUUAUAGAUACAUCUCUGACGAUCGAAUGAAAAAGUCAUUCGAAUCGCUGGCCAUUUACUGUCGUGACUUUACUUCGGUAGUGCCAAUAACCUUUGUGAUGGGUUUCUACGUAACUUUCAUUGUUGGCAGGUGGUGGCAGCAGUAUGUAAACAUACCUUGGCCAGAUAGAUUGUGCUUGCAAAUAUCUGCAUACGUGCAGGGCAGUGAUGUACGAGGUCGCAUGAUCCGUCGGUCAAUGGCACGCUACAUCAACCUGAUAUCUGCUUUAACAUUUCAGAAUAUUUCAACCGUGAUAAAGCGACGAUUUCCAACCGUUUCUCACCUAGUGGAGGCUGGAAUUCUAACAGAAGAAGAGAAAGAUAUGCUGGACAACACGCAAACUACUCAUGGGAUAUGGUGGGUGCCGUCUCAAUGGUUCUGUCAGUUGGCUGCCACUGCAAGAAAAGAAGGCCGGAUUCACGAUGAUCUUCAUCUGAAGUCGCUAAUAGAUGACUGCCUUGAGUAUCGUGGUCAAUGUGGAAUGAUUUGGUCAUAUGACUGGAUAUCGGUCCCACUAGUAUACACACAGGUUGUAACGAUAGCGGUGUACAGUUUCUUUGUUGCGUGCUUGUUCGGAAGGCAGAUGCUAAAGUUCCUGCAGCGCAUUCGAUUGACUUUUAUGUGCCCAUAUUCUUCGAUGUUCCAAUUCUUCUUCUUUCUUGGAUGGCUGAAGGUAGCGGAUUCGAUGAUUUGUCCGUUUGGAGAGGACGAUGACGACUUCGACAUGAACUGGAUUGUUGAUCGAAAUCUCCAAGUGAGCCUCCUGAUUGUUGAUGGUCUACAUGGUGGUCAACCUCCCCUCACCCAAGACUUCUUUUGGGAUUCUGUAAGCGCAGAAUUGCCGUAUACACAAGGAUCCUCGAAAUAUCGCGCGGGUCCAUUUGUUGGAUCGACGAUGGCGAUGGACAUAUCCGGUCAGGACGCCGAAUGGGAGGUGGAUCAAAUGCCGGCCAUCACUGAGGAGGAUUGCAAAGGCUCAAAAAAGACAAGCUUUUCGCGCGACGACGAUGUUGAUAGCGUGUACAGUCGAAGGUAUGAUCGACGUCAUCGUAAAAGACUUGGCGCUCUAUUACUGGGUUAUUCUCGCCAAACGCUCUCCUCGCGGUUUGGCUCCCGUAAGAGUGUGAAUUCGGUCCCGUCGAGAAAUGCUGGCCGAUCUCCUCCUCAAGUAAAACUUUCACUUGCGGAGCAUAACUUUAAUUAUGUGCCGCGCCAAAAGUGCAGUCUGGACGCGAAUGAAGAAAAUAAAGAAAUCAGUGGUAGCUACAGUGCAUUAUCACUGGUCAAUGAAACCAGCCAAUCAGUUUCGUCCUCAACCGGUCCUGUCAGCGGAACCGAUGUCGCGCCUCCUGCCCAAGAAGUACAUGCACCGGUUAUUUGCGUUGGUACACCUGCUGACCUCAAGCCGAAAUGCAAUUUGGAGGAGCACACAAUGGACAGUAGUGGCAGUACAGUGCUUUGCACAAGUACUGCAAAACUCUUACCGCACUGA